AUGUCCGACACGCACCUCGCCGGCAAGGUCCGAUACGGAGGCUUCCUACAGGCAGUCCGGUUGAUACUGUUCAUUCUCUACUUUUCCGCCGGUAGUAUCGCAAUCGUAGCGACUCAGUUCAUCGGAGCUCCCUUGUACUUCUACAACAAGGACUGGUUCUACACAUAUAUUUCCCUCACAAAACAAUCUUUCGGCACUUUCGUCACGACUGGUACACAAUGGUGGACUCCGACAACUAUCAGAAUCAGCGGCGACAAGUCUGUUCGGGGCCAGAUACGCAUCACCGACGACGGUCUUCUCGAAUGCGACUUCCCUGAGCGCAUGGUCUUCAUCGCCAACCAUCAGUUGUAUUCGGAUUGGCUUUAUAUCUGGUGGAUCGCCUAUGCAGCCCGUAUGCAUGGCGCCGUAUAUAUCAUCCUCAAAGAAUCUCUUAAAUGGGUCCCCAUAGUAGGGUGGGGUAUGCAGAUGUACGGCUUCAUCUUCUUGGCUCGGAAUUGGGCAAAGGACCAGCAACGUUUCAAGCACCGGCUCGAGAAAAUCGCGGCAAAGGAUCGGAAACCUCAGGAUAGACCGCCGAUGUGGCUACUAAUCUUUCCCGAAGGAACCAAUAUGUGCCCGAACGCUCGAGUCUCAAGCAAGAAGUUUGCUGACAAGAUGGGACUCAGAAACCCUGACCAUGUUCUCCUUCCUCGCGUAACCGGCCUUCAAUAUUGCCUUCAACAGCUGGAUGAAUCUGUUGAGUGGGUAUACGACUGCACGAUGGCCUACGAAGGCAUUCCCCGUGACAAAUACGGCCAAGACAUAUUUACUCUUCGGGCUCAAUACCUCCAAGGCCGCCCUCCGAAAUCCGUUAACCUGCAUUUUCGUCGGUUCCGUAUAUCCGAGAUACCCUAUAACGAUACGAAGGAAUUCGAGCAAUGGAUGCGCGACCGUUGGACCGAGAAGGACGAGAUGAUGGAGACAUAUAUGCAGACUGGCCGUCUACCCGGCGACGACGAGGAAGUCGAAGUGUUGAGUAAUGGUGGGAUGAUUAACCCCGGCGAGAAAGUUGGCACAACGCCAACUGCGAAGGGUAAUGUAGUCGAGACAACUGUAAAGCUACGGAAUUGGCUUGAAGUUCCCAAGAUGUUUGUGGUGCCAGGAACCACACUAUUAAUGUACCAUCUUAUAGGGAAGAUCGGUAGAAUCGCGGCGAUAGCUGCUGGGCAGCAGCAGACCGGCUUGAUUGUUGAUCCGGCAUCCUCGGUCGUUGAUCCUAACCCUUCGCCGAUGCCAGUCGUCAAGCCGGAGCUAUGA